GAUACCUAGAUUCAACUGAUCUCUUCUUCUUUUUCUUCUGGUGUUUUUGUUUUAAGCAUGGAAUCGUGGGCCAACAGUUGCGAUAUCUGAUGCUUUAGUUUCCAAGAAAAUGGAGAGCAUUCACAUGUCCCGUUUUAUCCUCUUCCUCACAGUCUUUACUUGUAUUCAGUCGGUCGCCUUUGGGGACGAUUCGAGUUCAACAGAUGCCUACUGGCUUCUCAGAGUUAAAUCAAAGCUAGUUGAUCCUGCAGGUGUUCUUGAAAGCUGGUCUCUUGGAGCUGAUAUAUGCAGCUGUAACGGCGUCAAGUGUUCACAUGAUGAAGCCUUUCUCAUUGCCUUGAACCUGUCUGGUUCAAGCUUGUCAGGUUCCAUUCCCAACGAGCUCUGCAACCUUGUUUCUCUUCAAACACUCGACUUGUCUCUCAAUUAUCUCACCGAAUCAAUCCCCCCUCAGAUUCGAAAGCUUCGGAAUCUAAUGACACUGCUCCUAUAUUCGAACAAUCUCUCUGGUAAAAUUCCUCCAGAGAUUGGCCUUUUGAGGAAGUUGCAAGUUCUCAGAAUAGGAGAUAACAUGUUGACUGGUCUAAUCCCAACAAGUAUUGCUAACUUGACUGAGUUGAGAGUGCUGGGCCUUGGAUAUUGUCAAUUAAAUGGAAGUGUUCCUGCAGAGAUUGGUAGCUUGAAGAAUCUGAAAUCUCUUGAUUUGCAGCACAACAGUUUCAGUGGACUCAUUCCUACACAGAUUUGUAACUGUGAAGGGCUGCAAAAUUUUGUAGCAUCAAACAACAGGCUUGAUGGGGAAAUCCCUGAAUCAAUCGGGAAGCUUAAAUCGCUGCAAAUUUUGAACUUGGCCAAUAACAGCCUUUCCGGAUCGAUCCCGACCGAGAUAAGUGGCCUAUCCGAUUUGAAGUACUUGAAUUUGGUAGGAAACAUGCUGAAUGGAGAAAUCCCAUGGGAGCUCAACCAUUUGGUUCAGCUUCAGGAGAUUGACUUGUCCAGUAACAAUCUAUCUGGAACCAUAAAUCUGCUUAAUGUCCAUUUGCAGAACCUUCAGGUUGCAGCUUUCUCUGACAACACAUUGACCGGUAGCAUUCCGAGUAACUUUUGCCUUAAGAAUUUGAAUCUUCGACAACUGUUUCUAGCACAAAAUAAGCUAUCUGGAGGGUUCCCAUUGGAGCUAUUGAACUGUUCCUCACUGCAACAACUGGAUCUGUCAAACAACGAUUUCAAAGGAGAGUUACCACCCUCCAUUGACAAAUUAGAGAAGCUUAAAGAUUUACUGCUCAAUAACAAUAGCUUCAGUGGAAGCAUUCCCCCAGAAAUUGGAAACAUGAGUAACUUGGAGAAUCUUUAUCUGUUUGACAACAUGAUCACUGGCUCAAUUCCAGUGGAGAUUGGCAAGCUGCAGAGAAUGAGAACUAUCUACCUCUAUGAUAACGACAUGUCUGGAAGUAUACCAAUGGAGUUAACCAAUUGUACAAGCUUAACUGCUAUUGAUUUCUUCGGGAACCACUUCAGUGGUUCCAUUCCUGAAACUAUUGGAAAGCUCAAAAAUCUGGUUUUGCUUCAGCUUAGGCAGAAUGACUUGUCGGGUCCGAUCCCACCAAGUUUGGGCUACUGCAAGAAGUUGCAGCAAUUGGCUUUAGCUGAUAAUAAACUAUCAGGAGUCUUGCCUGCAACUUUCAGAUUCCUUUCUCGACUCAGCACCGUCACGCUCUACAACAACUCGUUGGAAGGUCCUCUGCCUGACUCGCUCUACUCUCUCAGGAACAUCAAAAUAAUCAAUUUUUCUCACAAUAAGUUCAGUGGUACAAUACUUCCCCUCACAGGUUCAAAUUAUUUGACUGCCUUGGAUUUAACCAACAACAGCUUCUCGGGUAGCAUUCCUUCUCGUCUUGCCAAUUCGAUAAAUCUUCACCGUCUCCGACUCGGAAAUAAUCAACUCAGUGGCAGGAUUCCUCCAGAAUUAGGCCAACUCAAGGAGCUAAACUUUUUGGAUUUGUCCUUCAACAAUUUGAAAGGAGAAGUGCCAUCUCAACUCUCUUCUUGUCAAAAGCUUCAGCAUCUUCUACUUAACAAUAACCAAUUCACAGGCAGAAUGCCUAGUUGGUUGGGGGGCCUACAAGACCUGGGAGAGCUCCACCUUUCUUCCAAUAAUUUCCAUGGACAUAUUCCGGCCGAGCUCGGAAACUGCUCGAGACUGCUAAAGCUUUCUCUCCAUACCAACAAUCUCUCUGGCCAAAUCCCGCAACAGAUUGGACAACUCACUUCCCUCAAUGUCCUAAAUUUGCAAAGAAACAAUCUUUCAGGUCCGAUUCCUCCAACAAUCCAGCAAUGCAAGAAGCUGUAUGAACUGAGACUUUCUGAAAACUUCCUCUCGGAUUCGAUGCCGUCCGAGAUAGGAAGCCUAACUGAACUACAAGUGAUAUUAGAUCUCAGCAAAAAUCUUUUGUCAGGUGAGAUUCCAUCAUCUCUGGGAGAUCUUCUGAAGUUGGAAAGACUAAAUCUCUCAUUCAACCGACUAGGAGGAGAAGUUCCUUCUUCACUCGGACAACUGACCAGCCUGGUGAUGCUAAACCUGUCAAAUAAUCAUCUUCAAGGACAACUUCCUUCUGCCUUUAAAGGAUUCCCACCCACAUCUUUCUCGGGUAAUGACAAGCUAUGCGGCCCACCAUUAACAUCGUGCACAGACUCAGCGGGUCGUGAAAACUACGUACUGUCGAGCACUGCAGUCAUUUGUAUCAUAAUGGCCAUUGUUUUCACUUCCACAGUUAUAUGUCUGGUGAUGAUUUAUAUCAUGAUAAGGAUGUGGUGCAACAUGAGGAAUGCUUCGAUUAGCAUAUCAUCAGAAGGUGGUGGGAAUGGGACUGAACAAAUCAAAAGAGAAGAUAAAGAGAAAUGGAUGUAUGGAGGAGAUGAGAAGAAAAGGAAAGGGGAGUAUUGGAGAGUGAUGAGCUCCACGGCAUUGGUUCCGUCACAGAAUCAUGAUCAUCACAUUCCUUCGGCAUGCAUUUUUCACGUUAAAAUGGAUUCAAAAUGACUUGGCAUAUAGAGGAGAACAUAUGGUCACUUCAUUUUUCAAAGCUUCUCAGGUUUCUUUGCACUACUCUUUUCUUUUUACCCUUCUUCCUUCAGCAGCCAAAU